UUUAGCUCAAGCCCAAAAGUAUGUUAAAUCUCAUUCUUCCUAUGGAUUCCUUCUAUCAAAAGUCUCUAAUAAUUCACCUAGUCACAUCGACUAACUCGCCCGAGUUCACUCUCCUCAAUCGGGCUUUGACUAGAUCCUCAGUCAUCGGACUCGACGCUGAGUGGAAACCCAUUCGAGCCCGCCAAUCCACUUUCCCCACAGUCUCUCUUCUCCAACUCGCUUGUCAACUCAGGCCUCAACUCGGCGCCGGCUCGGAAGAGCCAGUGGUUUUCCUGCUUGAUCUGUCCUUAAUCCCGCUACCUUCAAUAUGGGAAUUGUUGAUAGAGGUUUUUGUUUCUCCAGAUAUAUUGAAGUUGGGCUUUAGAUUUAAACAAGAUUUAGUUUUCUUGUCUUCAACUUUCUGCUCACAAGGUUGUGAUCCUGGGUUCGACAAGGUGGAACCCUAUUUGGAUAUAACCCGCAUAAACCAUUUUCUGCAACACAAGCAACGGGAAAGGAAGACACCGAAAGAAACCAAGAGUUUGGCAUCUAUAUGCAAUGAAGUAUUGGGGAUUUCUCUUUCAAAGGAACUUCAAUGUAGUGAUUGGUCAUGUCGUCCUCUUACAGAAGAGCAAAAAACAUAUGCUGCAAUUGAUGCGCACUGCUUGCUCGAAAUAUUCAAGGUCUUCCAGGCAAAUGUUGUUAAAGAAGGGAAAUCUUAUGGCAAUGUAACAGAAUUGCAUUCUUCCAAUAUUAAUCUUGGGCUGAAAGAAAUUCUUGAAAAGCAUGAUAUUGGUGAUGCAGUCAUUAGGACCAACUUUUCUGAGGCUUUGAAUAUAGUCCAAGCUACUGUAACUUCAGAAGAUUCUCACAGAGUAGCCAAGGGGGGGAAAAUAAUUUCCAUGGCAUCAACCAGAAGUACUAUGCCUAUGGAUGAACUUCUCUUGAAUAUAGUAAGAAAAUAUGGUGAAAAAAUCUUGUUGAAAGAAUCUGACAGAAAGCCAAAAUCCUCCAAAAAGAAAGGGAAGAAACGAUCCUCAGUUGCAGUUUGCAGGGAAAAACAAUUAGAUGACAUAGGUGACUGGCAAGGACUCCCACCCUGGGAUUUGUCCUUAGGUGGUGAUGGAUGCCCCAAGUUCCUAUGUGAUGUUAUGGUUGAAGGCUUGGCAAAACAUUUACGGUGUGUUGGGAUAGAUGCUGCAAUUCCAUAUUCGAAAAAGCCAGAAUCCAGAGAAUUAAUAGAUCAGGCAUACAAAGAGCAGAGAGUGCUUCUGACACGAGAUGCCAAGUUAUUCAGACACCAAUACUUGAUAAAGAACCAAAUAUACAGAGUGAAGAGUCUUCUUAAAAAUGAACAACUUCUUGAGGUAAUCGACACUUUCCAGUUAAAAAUUACUGAGGAUCAACUGAUGUCAAGGUGCAGUAAGUGCAAUGGGAGGUUUAUUCAAAAGCCACUAACAACCGAAGAGGCUGUUGAAGCUGCAAAGGGCUUUCAGAAAAUUCCUGACUGCUUGUUCAACAAAAAUUUAGAGUUCUGGCAGUGCAUGGAUUGCAACCAACUGUACUGGGAGGGAACCCAAUACCAGAAUGCAGUUCAGAAGUUCAUUGACAUCUGCAAAUUGAACGAGUAAAGUUGAAGUUGACGGUCGAUGCUUCUGCGGAUAAAAAAGGUAUUUUUGUACAACAUAUGUAUGAGCAAUUGUCUUCGUCUAUUCUACAUAUAGUUCUUGAUUCAAGCAUUAUUGUUCAAUGUAAUUGUUCCUCUGAUUUUAAAGAAUUUUGUGAGAGGCAAGAAGAUAAAGGGAUAGAAGACCUGAUAUUCUGUUUUAAGUUUUGAGCCUUUCUAGCUCUUGUUUU